AAACUUAUGUAAACCCGAAUAUCGGGUGAACAAGUAUCAAACAAGUUUGGAAGGAAAUGAAGAGUGAGGGCAAGUUCUUGAGCUGUCUAUAUAUGCGAGUUCUUGAGCUGUCUAUAUAUUUAAUCCUCCAUGUGAUCAUAUAUGUGAGGCUGCCAUUAGUGGUAGUUUACUUGGUCAUCCCAACCUUAGCCUUCUUAUUUCUUCCACUUCCAAGACCUUCUCUUCUUACUCCACACCUCUCUUCCACUCUUCCCUCAAUUUGCAUACAAGUUGAUCAGGUACAAGAAGAAAUUAGUGAGAUUGAAGUUCAUCAAGUAAAUGACAUGUCUUACAAUAUGGAAGAAAUUAGUGAGGCUGAACGUAUUUGUGGUAAUGUUGUGAUAUCCAUCAAAAAAAUGAUGAAAGAACUGCCUCCUCAUAAUUUUGAAUGUAGCAUCCAUCGAGUUCCCAAACUUCUACGCGAGAUGAAUAAGACAAUGUAUACUCCUCAAGUUAUUUCUAUUGGUCCAUUUCACCAUCGUAGUCAAAAGAAUUUGAUAGCCGAAGAACAAUAUAAGCUUCGAAGUUGUAUUACCUUUCUAUACCAUCUAGAGAGCGAGAUGAAGUCAUUGGAAUUUCUUGUGAAAGCUACUCAAAUUUGGGUAGAAGAAGCUCGAAAUUACUAUGCAGAACAGAUAGAGCUGAGCGACGAGGAUUUUAUCAAAAUGAUGCUAGUGGAUGGUUGUUUUCUAGUGGAGUUAUUGAUACAGAAUUAUAAACAACAUUACCCCGACUCCUUCGCUCAAAUUCAUAGCAGUUUGGAUCUUUCCUUAUGCAAAAGAAUCCACCAGAUAUAUAUUGAUUUAAUUAAGUUGGAAAAUCAGCUCCCUUUCUUCGUUCUUGAACGUCUGUUCCACUUUAUACCACAAAAUAAUGGUGACCCCAUCUCCUUCAUACAACUUGCGGUAACGUUUUUACAACGUGGAUUAGUACGUACUUAUUAUCCUUUUGGUUCCCUAUAUUCAACACCAAAGCACUUACUCGACUGCUUGAGCUUCUACUUUGUCGACUACGUAAGCUUAUUCUUUGCCGAACCUCUAAUGGCUUCAGAGGAAAUAAGUGAUGACAUGGUGUUUAUUACUCCCCCAUCAAUAUCUGAGCUAUGCGAUGCUGGUGUCACCAUGAAGAAAUUAGAAAAUUCCAACUCUUUGAUGAACCUUGGCUUCCGAAAGGGGAUUUUCACAAUCCCACCAUUAAUUAUUGAUGAUUUCUUCGAAGCUAUAGUACGAAACCUAAUGGCAUUUGAACAUUUUUCCUCAGAAAAUGAGAGUAAGUGUAUUCCAUAUAUUACAUUCUUAGAUUAUUUGAUAAGCACCGAGAAAGAUGUGAAUAUACUUGUGAAAGCCGGAAUCAUAGUCAACAACAUUGGAGGUAGUGAUAAAGAAGUUUCAAAAUUGUUUAACAAUCUUUGUAAAUUUGUUGAACAGCCAAGUGAUGGCCGCUUCAACGAUAUUAGCAACGCUUUAAGUGAGCACUGCAAUAAAUCUUGGAACAAGAGGAAAGCUACACUCAAACAUGACUAUUUUUGUACACCAUGGGCUUCUAUCUCCGUUUUUGGUGCAAUCUUGCUCCUUUUUCUUACCCUCCUUCAAACUAUAUUUUCUUGUAUAUCCACCCUUCAGAAGUAGUCAAACCUAUCCAUUUAUGUACCUUCUAGUUUUA